GCGCCUACUUUUUGUAGGUUGGGUGUUCUCAAUUGUGAUUGGGCCCCAGCUGCGGCUGCUCGGUGGCUGUGGCAGGACGGGGGCAGCUAGGUACUCGACCGGCCUCCGAAGGAAUGGGCCACCAGGAGCCCCCGCUGGCCCGAGUGCCCGCGGGAGGUGCGGCUUAUAUAAAGAGGUUAUGUAAAAGGAUCAGCUGGCGCGAACACGUGGAGAGCCGCGGGAACCUGGACUCCGGGUUCUCCCCCGCGCGCUGCGCUGCUACUACGGCCGCAGCAGCAGACUCCGGCGCACGCCCGUCGCAGGCCACUGCCUCUGGCGCUCCUCAAUACCGAAGGAGGCCUUGGCCGGGAGCCGACCAUCCCCAGCCUAAGGCUCCGGGGGGGAAACGAGCCGCCCGGAAGUGGAGGGGCGCCCGCCAGGUCACAAUCCAAGCUCCCGCUCCUCCGCGUCCUGGGGCCGGACGGAGGGAUGAGGCAGGGGGGCGCCGGGCAGCGCCGUUGCUGCUCCCCCCACCGCCCGCAGCCAUGGAAACGGGGAAGGAGGACGGCGCCCGCAGAGGUACACAAAGCCCCGAGCGGAAAAGGCGAAGCCCAGUGCCGCGGGCGCCCAGCGCGAAGCUGAGGCCGGCGGCAGCGGCCCAGGCCAUGGAUCCGGUGGCGGCCGAGGCCCCGGGCGAGGCCUACCUGGCGCGGCCGCGCUACAGCCUGUUGGCGGAGAUCGGGCGCGGCAGCUACGGCGUGGUUUACGAGGCAGUGGCCGGGCGCAGCGGGGCCAGGGUGGCGGUCAAAAAGAUCCGCUGCGACGCCCCGGAAAACGUGGAGCUGGCGCUGGCCGAAUUCUGGGCCCUGACCAGCCUCAAGCGGCGCCACCAGAACGUGGUGCAGUUUGAGGAGUGCGUCCUGCAGCGCAACGGGCUAGCCCAGCGCAUGAGCCACGGUAACAAGAGCUCGCAGCUUUACCUGCGCCUGGUGGAGACCUCGCUCAAAGGAGAAAGGAUCCUGGUUUAUGCUGAGGAGCCCUGUUAUCUCUGGUUUGUCAUGGAGUUCUGUGAAGGUGGAGACCUGAAUCAGUACGUCCUGUCCCGGAGGCCGGACCCAGCCACCAACAAAAGCUUCAUGCUACAGCUCACAAGCGCCAUUGCCUUCCUGCACAAAAACCACAUCGUGCACAGGGACCUAAAGCCAGACAACAUCCUUAUCACGGAGCGGUCUGGCACCCCCAUCCUCAAGGUGGCAGACUUUGGACUAAGCAAGGUCUGUGCUGGGCUGGCCCCCCGAGGCAAAGAGGGCAAUCAAGACAACAAAAAUGUGAAUGUGAAUAAAUACUGGCUGUCCUCAGCCUGUGGCUCAGACUUCUACAUGGCCCCUGAAGUCUGGGAGGGACACUACACAGCCAAGGCUGACAUCUUUGCCCUGGGCAUUAUCAUCUGGGCAAUGAUAGAAAGAAUCACUUUCAUUGACUCUGAGACCAAGAAGGAACUCCUGGGGACCUAUAUCAAACAGGGAACUGAGAUCGUCCCUGUUGGUGAGGCGCUGCUAGAAAACCCAAAGAUGGAGUUGCACAUCCCCCAGAAACGCAGGACUUCCAUGUCUGAGGGGAUCAAGCAGCUCUUGAAAGAUAUGUUAGCUGCUAACCCACAGGACCGGCCUGAUGCCUUUGAACUUGAAACCAGAAUGGACCAGGUCACAUGUGCUGCUUAAAAUUCAGGGCAAAGCAUCUUGGGUGUUUUUAAACUAGAUUGAUCCUCGGGACCCACAGUCUCAUCAGUCUCGCACAGAGGACGGCAGAGGGUACAGGUGGUGGCGUGGCGGUUGGCGAUCUCCCGACAGCUGGACCUCCAGCAAUGUGAAGCUUUCGUUUGGGUUUCCCCCUUCUUUCAUUUUGCUUAAUUUUUUUUAUUUUGUUUUAUUUUUUUGUCUUCCUCUUUUUUUUUCUUUUUUAAUUUAAACAAUUGAGACUUCAAAAGAGCAGAAGCUGUGCUAUGGACAGGCACCCAUUUCUUUAAAGAAAUUCAAUAUGGACAAAGCAUAUGUAUAAAUUUCAUUUUUAAUUUUUAUAAGGGGUUAGGGAGCUAUUUUGUUUUUGUCCUUUUAUUUUCCCUGUCUUUUACCCAUUUCUCAGUUCUGCUUAUAAACACCUCACUUCCCCAGAGAAGGCCUGCCUUUCCAUGGAGAAUUUGGGGAGUUCUCCUGGAACGGGGACAUGAAGACAGAAGGUGGCCUCGGGGCCACCUCCCCACCAGACGCAGGCACUGCUGGACUCUCUCUGGUGGGCUGCUCCUGGCCAGCCCUGGGGCCUUGGGAAGGAUCAGAGGUGAAGAACCACCUGGAAGAGGAAGACCAAGGUUUGGCCAGGAGAGCUCAAGAAAGAAGCUCUAAACUGUGGGUGUGUUUUCUUUAAGGUGUUGGAAGCCCCAGGCCGCCCAGGACUUAAGGUGGUGGGACUCGUUCCCUCUACUGCCCUUUACACCCCAGCGCUCUGAGCGGGGAGGGACAGAAGGAAGCCGUGUCCCACUUCUGGCAGUUGAGCACCAGCCGACCUAGCUCCACAAGCCUACCUUUCUGUUAGUGACAGUCCUCCCAGAGGAGGUUCCCCAGGAAAAACACUGUUGUGCCAAACCUCUGCCUGGGAGGCAGCCUGGUCUUCAGCCUCUGCCACUCUUGUGAGCUCAGCACCCAUCACCUACUGGCUCUUCUUCCCAGAUGUAGCCACCAAGCAUCCAGGUUGUCACAGAGGCUACAUGAGUCCCUGGGAGCCAGUUGUGACCACUGCCAUAGGAACAGGGUGCCCUGGACCGGAUGCCACUGUUGUCUCAUCUCAGUGAGAGCUGUGUCCUAUGUGCCGGGUCCCCUGGUCACUUAUGGCGACAGUAUCAAGCUCUGUCUCCCUCACCGCAGGGACGUACUGUUAGUUGCCGGCCUUCAGUGUACGUGUGUCUGAGGGGGAGAAGGCAGACCUGCCGGGAGUAGGGAGGUGACUGGGCAGAGCCCUGCGGCCUGUAGGUGCCCGAUCGUGGGCGUACCACCUUCGAGCUUCCCCAGCUGUGAGCCCGGGCCCCACCGCCAGUGGCUGCCAGGGGAGCUAGCCGUUCUUCCACCCUCCGGCGAUGCUCGCAGCCCCCUCCUCGCGGGCUUCUGAACCUGGCGUUCUCCCCAUGCGCGGAGAGGGGGACCCUUUCCGUGCUGUCCCUGUCACCUGGGCACCACUUUGACAACGCCGUAGGCUUUUCACCCCAUGAUAGCCAAGCAGGAAAGGGUCUUUGUGGAGGGGGAGAAAUUCUUGUGUUUAUUUUUGUUUUUGUUUUCUCUAAACCAACAUAAGAUCAAUAGGGAAGAUAACUGGAGGGCAUUUAAGUUGGUGUGUGACCAAGGGGGGGCUUUCCCCCCACAGCAACAGUCCUGGUCCUGUGACCCUGGGAGUUUGGGAGAGUCCAGCACCACAUCAGCGCAAACCUGGCAAUGCGUUUGUUCCCAUUCUUUCAGCCUUUACUCAAGCCCCUCAGAUACCAAGGCUGCACCCUCCUCGGCAGACAGUUGGCUGUGGUUAGCAGGAUCCGGCAAGGGCUGCAGGUGGUGACCAGGCCCUUCCCUUCCUUGGCUGAAAUCCUUGGUGAUCGCCUGUCUCUUGUCUCUUCUGACUUCUCAGGCGACCUCCUGUGUGUACUGAGCUGCAGCUGGCAGGGUUGGGAGAGUGGCAUCCCCUAAUGGCAGUAUACACUCCUGCCCCACCCCCCUCCCUGCCUUCCCUGGGGGCAGCUGUCUCUGUACAUGAGCAAAUGGGAAAAACAGUCCCCAAACUCCGCACCCCAACACUCCCUGCCUGCAUCCCAUGCUCUGAAGUCCCAAGUGAGGGCCCAAGCCUAGCAAGUUACCUCCCUUCUGCUUCUCUUCUUCUUCUGCCUUCCCCAGGUCUCUUACUUCGCUUUCUUUGUCUGAAUAAGGUCUUGGAGCUGCAGUCUCCCCAUUUAUUUGUCUUGGCACCAGAGUAUCCCCUGUAGGCCACAGGAUGUCCAUAUGUUUUGGGUGAGGUGGGCCUGGAAGGGGUAGCGUCUACGCACCCUAAUCUUGCAGGACUCGCAGCCCGCCCUGCUUGGUGGUGGGCCCUCCUUUCCUGGCUCCUGAGGACUAGCUCAUUAACCCCAAGUGCCUGUCUCUCCCUCUUCUCCUUCCUCGCCCGCUCUCUUCACUUUGUCCACCUGAGGCACCAGGCAGCAAGGUAGAAGGUAGAAGUCCGCCCUCAGCAAAUGCUGGCUCUGCCCAGGCAGCCAUCUAGCCUUGGGAGGAGGCCCGGGUAGCUCCUGUUGUUGUUCUCAGCCACUUGCCACCUCUUCCCACCGUGAUCAGCUUCCUCACCUUCUCCACCUGGGUCUCAGGCCAGGCAGCAGCCCGGUAGUGCAUCAUCUCAGCAUCACCAAGUUGGUUAGGCCUGUCCCAAGUUCUAGAAGUUUCCUCACCUUAAAAUAGCAGUGAAUUCUCAUCUCCUUGGAUCUAUGAAAAGUGUAGCCUGUUGGAGGGAGGGUCAGGGCCUCAGCCCUGUGGGUCUGAGCUCAGUUUCCCCCUCAGUGAGAGGGAUCAGCAAGACAGAUCAUAGUGCCUUACUCCAUUGCCUUCCUCUGACCAGACCUCCUGGCUCUCUUGGAGUGUGCUUCUUCUUUUCUCCCUGUCUGUGUCCAUCUGUCACUUAAACUCUCGCAUUCACAGAUACCCACCUGAGAAGGUUUACCCUCCCGCUGCCUCCCUCCCCCCACACCCCUUCCUGAGGGCUGCAGCCAGGCACGUGUCUCCCCACCCACCACCAGGGCACUCACUAGCAGCUUUAGCCCAGGACAGAAAAACUGUGCUUCAGACAGGUGCACUCUCCGCCUCUUCCUACCCAGCAGGCCCCUGCCUUUUACCUGACUAGGAGGAUGCCACAGUCUGUUACCACAGACUGGCUCCAUCUGACCCCCUUCUGGGCACCAGGGACUAACUGAGGUUGCAGGCCUCAGACUCGUCUCAUCCCAGAGGCACUGGGACGAGAGGAUGGGAAUUCUGUCCUCCCACCCAGACGUGGCUUGCCACUCGUGGCUGCCUUUCCGAGGGAGUGUAUUAAAUGUUUACUUGAGAAAUCACCUGUUUACAGCCAGAGGAGAAAUGUGCCCAACACUAGGUGGAGACCGCCCCUCUGGACAGGGCCUAGCCUCUGUGGCAUUGCCAGUGGUGGCCCAGAGUGAAUGAAGGCAGAGAUGCCAGGGGCAGGGGCACACGCCCUGCACUCCCUCUGCUUCCUGACCCUGCGGUGCUAAGACCACUCGCCACCUUCCUCAGCCUUCUUGCCCCUGGACGGUCCCCGCCUCUCAUUCCCUUCCUCCAAGAUUCUCAGCUCCUUGAUAUAUCAGUUGUCUCCUAGAGAACCAGUGUUUGGAGCAAUAAGAUUAUUAUUUCUUCUUGAGUCUUUUUCUAUGAAAAGGAAAAGAGCUGGCAUUGUGGGCCUCUUCUUUCUCUAUGCUACUGGCUGUUUACCUUCCUAAAAGACAGAUCUUACUAGGAUGGGUGGAUGUCUGGGUUUCAGCCUCGGGGUAUGUUUUGGAAGCUUGGAGAAGCAAGAGUUGCGCUUCCACCCCCUAAGGAGGGGACCCUAACUGCCCUGGCCUUGUUCCAUGCUAUCUGGGCUUCCAUUCCGCCUACCACAUAUGCCUCCCACCCUUGGUCCUGCUCAUGCCACCCCUCCAUCUGGGACACCGGUGGCUCUGACUCUAGUGGGGUCUUGCGUUACUGUCCCCCACGACUCCUUUCCCCUUCCUAGGUCUGUCUGGUGGCCCCCAGACAGACACAGCUGCUGGCUCUCCUAGGAACUGGCAACCUGACAACAGCCAAGCUUGAACUAUUCAGCUCUUCAGGCCGAGGGGCUUGGGGCUGAGGUCCAGAGACACUACCUCAGCCAUCCUCCCACUGGGCUGAGGCACAGCCUUUGGGAUGACACAGGCCCAUCUCUGAGCCUGCCCUCCGGGCUCCUGUCUGGAGAGAUGCCCUCACAGGGAAGCAGGAGGUGUGACUAACAUAAGCAUCCACAGCCAUCAUUGAGAGAUGACCUCACUGCCACUGGUUGCCUGGAGCCCCCCUAAGACUGCAGGGGGCAACAGAAGGGAGGCCUGCGUGUCUUUUUCCUUGAGAGGCCACAUGAGGAAGCGGGUUCAUUUAGGGCCGUUUUAAAGACAUCGUCCGUGCCCCGGGGGCCUCUUUCCAUCACAGCAAGGGAGUAUGUUGUGAUAAUUUGUCGUGUGGGCCGAGUUGGGUGUGAGAGAGGUUUUAACCCAGGCACAAAGUUCGUUUCAAAUACUAGUUAAUCUAUUUUCCUUUUCUUUUUUUUUUUUGCACAGAAGCUGGUAAUCUAGGACCUAUGUGUGAACAACUUUAUAUGAAUAUUUUUUUGUACUUGGUUUACUUGGGUUGGUAUGAUACAUUAUAUUUAAGUUCCUUGAACACUGUGGAUCCCCCUAAUGUGUAUGAAUGACUGAGGCUUUGUAAAUUAAGGGACGUUUGUGUGAAUAAAGUUAUUUGACGGGGUCAGAG